UAACCUGACUGGGCAGACAUUCCUCAUCCUUGCCCUGCAUGGGAUGGCUCGCGCUGAGCUUGUGCAAUCCAAUCCUUGAAAACCUGCUCAAUCUUCAAAGCUUCUUCUGUGUCCUGUUUAUAGGGACACUGCGGGUAGGAAAGCAGAACCCAGAAAACAGUAGGAGGGAGUGACAAGUACGAUAUAAGUACGCACGACUGUCCUUAGGGGGACCAAUUGCUGUUCUUGUCUUGAGUGUGUUGUCAUGGGCUUGCUGUCAGAAGGCAGUCCUUUGAGCUGGGAAGAGACCAAGGAUCUCGCUGACCAUGUCCGUCGACAUGGUAUUAAACAGUUUAUCAACUUGUACCAUCGUUUGAAAAGUCGUACGGGUGAUGUGUUGAAAUGGGGGGACGAGGUUGAAUACAUCAUUGUAAAAUUUGACCAUGACAAUAAAAUUGCAAGAGCGAGCCUUCGUGCAACUGACAUUCUUCCGGUUUUGAAUGAAAAAGAACAAAAUGAUCCAGAGAAUGUUAAGUCUCUGUGGCGUCCAGAAUAUGGUGCAUAUAUGAUUGAAGGCACUCCAGGGAAACCGUAUGGGGGUCUUCUCGCCCAUUACAAUGUUGUUGAAGCAAAUAUGAAACUACGAAGAGAAGAAGUACAACAGCUUCUUCAACCUGGGGAAGCUCUGAUGUCUUUAACAAGCUUUCCAAGGUUGGGCUGUCCAAACUUCACAGAUCCUCCAAGUACUGUGACACCAGCAGAAGGCACAACCCGGUCUCUCUUCUUUCCUGAUGAAUGCAUAUACCCAGGGCAUCCUCGAUUCAAAACUCUCUCGCGUAAUAUUCGCCUUCGAAGGGGAGAAAAAGUAGCAAUGAAUUUGCCUAUUUUUAAGGAUUCUAAAACUCCUUCUCCAUAUGUUGAGAAAUUUCCUCAAGCUCCUGUGGGCCAACCUGAAGCCACAUCAGCAGCACAACCAGACCAUGUCUACAUGGAUGCUAUGGGUUUUGGAAUGGGCUGUUGCUGUCUACAGCUCACUUUUCAAGCUUGCAAUAUUGAUGAAGCUCGUACCCUCUAUGACCAGCUUACACCUCUUUGCCCCAUAAUGCUUGCCCUUACUGCUGCAUCUCCCAUUCAUCGUGGUCACUUGACGGAUGUUGAUUGCAGAUGGAAUGUCAUUUCUGGAUCUGUUGAUUGCAGAACAAAAGAGGAAAGAGGGCUCGAACCUCUUAAGAACAACAAGUUUGUCAUUCCCAAAUCAAGAUAUGAUUCCAUUGACUCUUAUCUCUCAGAACAGGGUGAAAAAUACAAUGAUGUACCAUUGAUUUAUGAUCAAGCUAUAUAUGAUGAAUUGCGCAAAGCUGACAUUGAUCACUUGCUUGCCCAACACAUAGCUCACUUAUUUAUAAGAGAUUCUGUGUCCUUAUUUAGUGAGAAGGUUAAUCAAAAUGAUGAAGAGGAUACAGAUCAUUUUGAGAACAUUCAAUCAACAAAUUGGCAAACAAUGAGGUUCAAACCACCACCUCCUAAUUCUUCCAUUGGCUGGAGAGUUGAGUUCAGACCAUGUGAAGUUCAAAUCACUGAUUUUGAAAAUGCAGCCAUUGUUUGUUUUGUUGUUUUGUUGACCCGAGUAAUUUUGUCAUAUCGGAUAAACUUAAUCAUACCAAUCAGCAAGGUUGAUGAAAAUAUGAAAAAUGCUCAAAAGAAGGAUGCAGUUAAAACUCAAAAGUUUUGGUUCCGUAAGGAUAUUACAACAUUUAGCUCUCCACCUGCAUGUACAGCUUGCUGCCAGUCAAGCCCUGAUGCUAAAACAGACUCAUCAGAUUGCUAUACAUUAAUGACUGUGGAUGAAAUAAUUAAUGGAAAGGCAGGAGAGUUCCCUGGACUCAUCCCCCUUAUCAAUAGCUACUUGAGUGGAAUGGAUGUGGAUGCAGAUACCCACUGUUCGAUACAACAGUAUCUGAAACUUAUUCAGAGGCGAGCAUCUGGGCAAUUACUGACACUUGCUGGAUGGAUGAGAGGAUUUGUACGGAACCAUGAAGACUACAAACAAGAUUCACUAGUGUCAGACCGAGUGAAUUAUGAUCUCCUCAUGGAACUCAAUGCUAUCCAAACUGGUGAAAAGGCUUGUCCAGAGCUUCUUGGGCGCUCCCUUCAAUCCAGGACUCAAGAAUCAAUUCCAACAGCUGUACGGAAAGCAGCAGGCGAGUACACAUGAAUGUUUCUGGAUAUUUUCUUGACACACUGGGUUAUGUAUAUUGAAAAAUCAGGAUUAAUCAGCUUAUGUUUUUGGUGCUAUGUUGCAAGGUAAAGGGACAAUUUUGUUUUUUGAUGCAUAUGUAGAAGUAUGGCUUCUUUUUUUUUGAUUGCAUAGGAAUUAAUGGAUUUUAUUUGAUGUAUCAUAUGAUUUUUAAUUUUUUGCACAGCUUAAAGACAGUAAAGCAUUUUGUUGGUGCCACAUCGAUGAUCGCAAAUGUUUACAAUACCUCAAUAUUUAUUAUUCGUUGUAUUAAUCAAUUAAAGAAUUGUAUUCCACAAAGCAACAUAUCUAAUUUUAAAUCAUUUCUUUCAUGUUGUUCUAUAGUGUUUGCAUUUGGUAUUUAUAAACUUUAAUUUCCUUUUUUUAUUAAUGUUUUUAAAUAAAAAUAGUUGGAGAAAAGUGCUUGUAUUGUUACAGUAAAGCGAGUUUGGGAGGUUUCAGAAUAUAUUCAUAAAUUUAACUGCCAUUGUUGUUCUUGUUAAAAAUGUCAUGUAAGAUUUAGCAUUUCUCUCUUCCUCCAGAAUGAGGGAUUUGACAUAACCGAACGUAUGAAAGCAAAUAAUGAAAUGCAUUCCAGGUUUGAAUUGUGUAUUAUUUUAGAUUUAACAACAGUAUGAUGUAUUGAAACUGACUUUAAUUUUGUUAAUCACCUUCAAUAUUCUGUUCCGUCCAAGUAGAUAAUCCAAGCAAGCAGGCUGCUAGAAGAAUAGUUAUUUUACACAAUGAACUAUUUUAUUAAUCUGGUUUGCUCAACCCAAUGUUGACGCUAGGUGAGAUUAUUGAAAAGGAUAUUGUGUGAAGUCUUUCUUUUAUCUCACCUAUCCUCCUGCAAGCUAUGAUAUGACACAGUUUUUUUUUUUUUUUUUAUUUGUGUCAAAUUUUCCUGCCAAGGAAAAGUACAAACUUUGUCGCCCACGGCGAAUCUCUAUUUUUAUCUGCCGGGUGUUCGUAUUACUGCUUAGUGAGAGUAUUUCUUUGAAAUGUCAAGCUGCAUUUGCCACAACUGUCAUAAAAUGAAUUCUACAGAUUCAUGAUGUAGAACUCAAAGUAUUCUAUCUUAAAUGGUUUUUAGAACUCUCAAUUGGUUUGCCUACUUGAUUUGUAUCAGUUGUUAGCUACCGUUUCACCUUGCAGUUGACAGAUAGUGCUUUAGUAGCUGCUACUGUUUUGUUAAUGUUUGCUUUAUGUUAUGACACCAGCUUAAGUGACAGUAGUUUACCUCUUACACUUGGUAUGUUGUGAUGUCUAUGUUGUCUAAUUCAAAAGAAUAUAGUAUAGGGGACCAAAUCUAAAUGAUACCUAAUUUACUUUGCAGUCUUCACCAAACAGAACAUUUUAGAUAGUGUGUUCAGAAAUAAUGCUCAAAAUCAAUAUUAUCCCUGGACCUUUUCUUCAAAUGUGUACCCUCUAUUUUGUUGUAAAGAAUAGUUGAAUUCUUGCACUAGUUUUACUUAUGUUGACCACUAUUCUCAAAUUUCUUCUAAACGCGGCUUGGAUGUCAUUGUGGCUGACUAGUAAAAUGUUGAAUUUUAUCCUCACUUAUUGAAGUUUUGUUGUGGAGAAAUAUUGUUACUUCAGGGUCAUAGCACACUGUACUGUGGUGAAGGAUGCAUAUACAUUCCAUACGUGUUAGCUUCCUUUUCUUUUGGAAUAAUGUCACUACUAAAUUCCAUCCCCCCGGCCACUAUCAUUUGAAGAUUGAGAUAUUUUCAGUUUGAGUAUUUGAGCAUAUUGUUGGAAUUUUAGAAUUUCUAAUUAUAGUUAUUAUACUUCAAUUUUAUAUUGUUGAACUCAUUGUAAAUUGUAUUGCAGCUGUACUGCCUUUGAAGUUUAGGUGCAUUUAUAGUCUUAUGUAUGGAAAUAAACAAAAAAAAAAGAA